AUGUAUCUCGGAGACGGCCUGCUGUUUGAACUGCAAAAUGGAAAACCCAAGUUGAUUGUCCUCAACCAAGGUGGAAAUCACGUCAAGAAUUGCCGUAGGCCUCGACCUAGAGGUGCCAAGACCCAAAUGGAAGAGAGCGGAACCUCCUAUAGGUCCAGCGGGACAGCGGCCAGAAUACGAGGCAGUCAAACGUCUCUCAAAAUAUGGGAGCGUCCUGCUCUAGCACCCGCAGCUAAAUCUGCAACAAAGCUUAAGUCAGAGCACCAGAAAGGCAGCUGCACAUCUGCCAAGGGAACAUCUUCACAAUCCGUCAUAACUUCUGGACCGUCAAAUUCACUCGGCGUCUACCAAGUGAGAGCCUUGGCGGCCUGUUCAAGUGGCGAGCAGGAGCUGCGCGACGUCCAGGACACCCUAGAGGAGCCUGGAGAGUCAAGUCUUCAUGGUGUCGACCAAGCGAGAGACUUGGCGGCAUGUUUUAGUGGUGAGCAGGAGCUGCGUGACAUCCAGGACACCCCAGAGGAGCCUGGAGAGUCAAGUCUUCAUUUUGAAGAAGUAGCAGAAGGAGAUGACGGAACAACAAAAAAUGGGAUAUCAACCCAAGAAACUGUGUCGAAGUCUUGCGGAGGUCUGUUUGGCUGGCUGGAGCAGCAUGACAUUAACGCCAGAGUGUCCGAGGAAGCAAAAAAAUCGCAGCGGCUGCAGCAACAAAAUGCCCGGGUGGCGCUGAAGCAGCAGCACCUGCAAUGUUCAUCCUGCGUAAGACUGCAAAUCGAGGAUGAAGGAGGAAGUGUGCACUCCUUACAGCUGCGGAGCCACCACAGAGACCAGCCGGCGGCCAUCAGGUCCAGCCUCAGACUCGGGGCAGUGACUCCCGAGGACGAGGCGUGGGCGUCCGAGAAGCGAGAGGAGCAGAGGAGGCUCUGGGUGGAGGAUUUGGACCGACAGAGGGAGGAGAGCAAACAACGCAGGAGGCGGGAGAAGAUUCUGCUGGCUCAGGAGGCGGAUCACCAGCAGUGGGCUGGGCAGUUUGAGUCGCUGCAGCGCAACGCUCCUGCGCCCGCUCUACCACCCCCUAUUGAACGAGGGCCAUCACCCGCUUUCUCCCUGACGGGGGACACUGACCACAACGCUCUCCAGUCGGCAGCCGCCGGAGCCAAAGAUCUAUCCAGUUGCAGCUAUCGUCGGAGCAUGACGGCCCUGCUGGACCCGGUGCAAAUGGAAGAACGGCAGAAGAGGAGGCUCAAGCAGCUGCAGCAACAGAAGGACAUCCAGGCUCAGGUGGAGGAGAAGCAGAAGCAAAGGCGAGAAGAGCAAGCCAGGAGGAGAGAGCAGGAGGAGGAGGAAGAGAGGAAAGUCACACUGGAAAGGGAUGUGCUGCGCAAGAGGUACCAGCUGGAGGAGCACAAGAAACAGGACCAAUGCAAGGAGCAGCCGAAAGGUGACGCUGAGGAUGGAGGAAAAAAUGAGUCGGUGGACAUACGUGUUCCACAUCUGGCGGAGAGCGUGGACAAGACAAGAGACAUGGCUGUGCAGACAGACACACCCGAUCCGACUCCUUUGACCUGCAAGAGCAAAGCUGGCAAGGAGAACAUAGCCGCCAAAGGAGGUUCCACGCCCAAGACUGAGAUCAAGACUGAGAAGACGAGGCCCGAUUGGAACAAGCGCAGGCCCGGCCGGCGCUUCAUCCCAGCGUCGGAGCGUUACCCGGCCACGCUGCAAAGGAGCAGACAAGAAAGUCGUCUCAAGAGGCAGGAGGAAAUGCUCGGUCUGCAGGAGAGGAACUGCCAGUCGCGGAAAGUGAGGGCCGAGAAGUCGCGGCGUGCUCUUAACCACGACCACUGGAAGCGUGCCAGUACCUCUGCUCAAAGGGAGCGCUCUCCUCCUGUCACGCAACCCUCACUCCAGUUCCAGUUUAUCCCAUAUAUUCGCACAGAGGACGUCAUCCACCUGGACCCCACCAACACCGCUUCUCACAGCCACACAGCUACAAAGCAACAGCGACAACAGGAAAUCAUCAGAGGCCUGCAGCAACUACGACAGGGUUUGCUUCAGAAGCAGAAGGAGCUCGAGAGUGACCUGCGACGUGGUGACAAACAACGUUCGGCUCCCCCCAAGUGUUAA